CAUCCCGUCCUGUGCUGUCCAUGUCCACCUCCACGGACAACUCAAAUAGGGAAAGAAUGCACGAAGCAAGUAGGGGUAUUGUUGUCAAUUCAAUCAUUCAAUUUCCUUUGUUUUCGUCCAGUUUUGAACUAAAACGAAAGAGGAUGGAGAAAAUAAAAAAAAAAAUAAUAAAAAUUAGUGCUGGGCCUGGGUGUAGCAAUAGUACCGCAGACAGCAGGGUCAGGGUGAAUGCCUUUCUGUAAGGAGAGAGGGAGAGAGAGGGAGAGAGAGGGUGUUUUUAGAUUUGGAUCUGAAGAGUUUGUUGCUACAGCCUACAGGCACGGGCACAACCACGGCAACUCUUCUCGGAGCGCAGUUGCACUUGCGGAUUGCUCGCCCUCCCCUCCUCUCCCCCCAGUCCAAAACCUACCCAUACCCAUCUUGUACCCUCAUCCCGCUCCUCUGUUCGUCUACCAUUCUUUCAUUAUUUCUCCCCUGCGGCCUGCAGAAUGCGGCACAACAAAUCAUCAUUCUGAUUAUUGUACUCGGAGCAAGUUUGUUUUACCUAUUUUUAUUUAUACGACGACGAAUACGGCGACUGCUGCAUAUUUGAUUUCUGUUUUUGUGUGAAUAUAAUACAUAUAUAUAUAUUUAUAUUUAACUCCCUUUCCCCUUUCCCCUUCCCCUCCUCGCUUUGAUUUGCUUUUCUGCGAGAGAGCGAGGUUGAGGUCUCCUUUAAAGCAGAAAGGGAUUCUAAACGGCUACAAGUCCUACUGAAGAAGCUUGCCGCCGCCCGUAAGAGGGCUUUCUCCUCCUAAAUGCAUUUUCGGAAUACUCUGCUGCUGUGUUGACUUUGGGCUUGAACGUUUCUUUCGUUUUCCGGAUCUGCCAAAUUUGGAUAUUGAUUUCUCGCAAUGAAUUUUAUUCUUCUUCUCCUGAUCUGGACGUGGUUGUUGGCCUCACUGUCAACCAUGAGUGCCCAGCUGCUUAGCAGCGCUUCGCUUAGGGAGGCACGGGCGCUUGAUGCUCUUCUCCAAGGCUUUGCUUACCAGGCAUUUACUCGUCCGAGGACUGGGGUUGUCUACAUUGGGGUUGUCCCCUCCAACCUCACCGGAACUAAGGUUUCGGCAAUGAGGCUCAGGAGCGGUAGCUUAAGAACGAGGGGGGUCAAGAUGUAUGAGGAGUUUGAAAUUCCCAAGGGGGUGAUAGAGCAGCCGUACGUGGAGAGGCUUGUUCUGGUAUACCAGAACCUGGGCAAUUGGUCUAUGACAUAUUAUCCCCUCCAGGGUUACACCUACUUAGCCCCCGUAUUAGGUCUCCUUGCUUACGACGCUUCGGAUUUGAAUGCUAGAAACUUGCGCGAGCUGGAUAUCCGCGCAUCCGGCGAACCCAUAUCCGUCCAUUUUUCAGGGCUGAGGAGGCCUGUGCCGGACGGUUUAGUUCCCAAGUGUGUUUUGGUCAACUUAAACGGCACGGUCAGUUUGAGUAAUGUGUCAUCCGAUAACAUUUGCGUAACAUUCCAGGAGGGCCACAUCUCUAUUGUGGUGGAAUCAGUUGAGGUCCCUCCUUCCCCUCCUCCUCCUCCUGCCCUAAGCAAGGGGAGGAGGAGGCAGGGCAGUAGUGAUCAUUCCAAGGCCUGGAUAAUUGCAGGAGCAGUGCUUGGAGGAUUCACUUUGUUGGUCGUGCUGGGGCUGAUAGCCGUCUGGGCAAGCAAGUACAAGCACGGGAAGAAAAUGCAUCAGAUGGAGAGGGCGGCGGAUGUUGGUGAAGCUUUGCAUAUGACCUCUCUUGGGAACACCAAAGCGCCAGCGGCUACAGGGACAAGGACGCAGCCAAUGCUGGAGACUGAAUAUGUGCCAUAGACUUGGAGAGGGCGUGUAUUUGUGUAUUUUUCUUGCUUCCUUCCUUCACUAUACAUCCAUUCUAUUGUUUUUUUGUUCUUUGGUUUAGGCAGCGCUUGCUUGUAGUAACAUAGGGUCGAUUCUUAUGAUUAUUAUUUUUUGUUUGGUCUGGUUGGUGCACAUUUACAUUACAUUGCUGCUGCUGCUGCCGUCUGUGGUGGGUGGUUGAUUUGUCACUGUGUACAUGAUUUUAUCGCAUAGUCUUUUUUCUAUUUUGACCGUCAUUCAAGAAUUUGACGUCGGAAUAAAGUGCCACGGGCUGUUUUGUU